AUGGACUUGACAAGAAAUCCUUUUGCUUUCUUCUUUAUCUUGGCAUUGUUCGCUCUUGUCAUUGACACUUGCAAAGCCCAAGAUGCCCCCGAGUGUAGUGCAUCUGUGCCCUGUCAAGUUGGCUGCUGCAGCAAGUUUGGGUUCUGUGGUCUUGGACCAGACUACUGCAAAAAGGAAAUAUGCGUCAACAACUGCGAGCGAAAAGCAGACUGCGAUCCGGGCGGCUAUGGUGAAGACUAUGUGUUGCACACCACAUGUCCUCUAAAUGUCUGCUGCUCCAAGUAUGGCUUCUGUGGAACCACGUCCGAGUUCUGCGGCUCCAAGAAGGUGAACCGCCCGAGCUGCGAUGUCGUGGAGAACAGCCAGUUCACGCGCGUGGUCGGCUACUAUGAGAGUUGGUCAUCAGCCCGAGCGUGCAAUCGUUUCCUUCCCGAACAAAUACCCAAAGGUGUAUAUACACACAUCAACUUUGCAUUUGCCAGCAUCGACCCCACGAGCUUCCGGAUUGUGCCGGCUGCGAGGGAAGAUGUUGAAAUGUACAAACGAGUGGCAUCCCUCAAGAAGGGUGAUCCGAACCUCAAGGUACUCAUAGCCAUAGGAGGCUGGACAUUUAAUAACGCAGGACCAACAGCGACCACAUUCUCUGAUAUCGCCAGGAGCCCGGGGGCUCAGAGAAAAUUCAUCGACUCGGUAAUCUCGUUUCUCCAAACCUACGACUUCGAUGGCAUCGACCUAGACUGGGAGUAUCCAGCCGCUGAUGAUCGAAACGGACGUGAAGAGGAUUUUGUCAACUUCCCUAACUUCGUCAAGACCCUGAAGAGCGCCCUCAAGAGCUACGAGAUUAGCAUCACGCUGCCAGCUUCCUUCUGGUAUCUCCAACACUUCGACCUCAAGAAUAUUUCACCACAUGUGGACUUCUUUAAUGUGAUGGCGUACGACUUCCACGGUGUCUGGGAUAAGCCCAAUAAAUGGGUUGGGCCAUAUCUCAACGCGCAUACGAACUUGACGGAAAUCAAAGACGGGCUGGAUCUCCUCUGGCGAAACGACGUUGAAAAGAACAAAGUGACACUUGGGCUCGCAUUCUAUGGCCGUGGGUAUGUGGCCACAAGCUCUGCAUGCAUGGACCCCGGUUGCACAUAUGAGUCCGGAACCAACGCCCAGGCUUGCAGCGCCGAGGUAGGCGUGCUGCUCAACUCUGAGAUUGAUGAAAUAGUUGCAGACCAGAGUCUGGAGCCGGUCCUAGACGAGGAUGCCGCGGUCAAGAUCCUUCGGUGGAACGAUAACCAUUGGCUUACCUACGAUGACGAGGAAUCCUUGAAGCUCAAGGCUGAUUUUGCGCGGAGCCUUUGCCUUGGCGGUGUGAUGGUGUGGUCGAUAUCACACGAUACCAAGGACGCAAAGUACUCACGAGCCCUUUCGCGCGUUGCACCUCGACUCUUCGGUGGCAUAUUCUAUGAGAACUCAGCUGCUGCUGGCAGUGGGUAUGUCACGGACGAGACAGACCAUUCUCAGUGCCGGUGGACAAACUGUGAUGAGGACUGCCCGGCGGACUGGGUGCGAAUGCUGAGGAAAGAUGGCGGUGCCAGACCCAACGAAUUCAUGACCAAUGGUGCAGGCUGCGACGGACGUGGCUUCCACAAGCUAUGCUGCCCACCAGACAGCAGUAUUCCAACUUGUGGAUGGUACUCCCAUAACAAUGGAAAAUGCGACAAUGGCAACUCUUGUCCAGCUGGCACCAAGGAGAUUGGUAGCAACAAUGAGUAUUGCGGUGCUUUCGACGGAUUUGGCUCAAGCAUCCGCAGCUAUCAAGCCGCCUGUUGCACUACCGAUACAGACAACAUGGCGUUGUAUUCGCAGUGUGACUGGUCGGGGCACUCGUAUACUGACAAAAGCUGGCCGUAUUGCACCCGAGCAACCUGCGGAGCUGAUGUUGUCGCGUUCUCUGGAUAUGGCAGCGGCGACGCCGCUUGCAUCAAUUCACGCUCCGGUAUGGACGACAACAGCAAGAACAAGUACUGUUGUGAGCAGCCUGAAGACGAUAAGAAAUGGAAGGACUGCGAAUGGCAAGGCAUGGAGGAUUACACUGAUGAAGACACGGGGCUGAAGUUCUGUACUCCUAAGUGUUCCGCUGGGCUCGCUCUUGUGGCUAUGGAUCAUGUGGGCUGUUCCGGCGGAAGCGCCAUGGCGCGUUGUUGCAAGCCAAACUACAAGUCAUAUGCCACACGGUUCGAGAAUAGCGAAGAUGAAUUAUUUAAGAGCGCGCUUGAAAACUUUAUGGAUGACCCGGUUUGCACAAACAACAUUUUCGACACGAAUCCCCUCCGGAGGCGAUCGGGCUCGAGUGGGCUCGAUUCGGUAGACUAUACGAGCGGUAAUGAAACUUCCUUGGAUAGACGGCAGUCAGAGGGAUUCUUCUCCUAUAUCGUCUCUCAAAGCGUAGAACUCAUGGUCGAGGAGCUCUUUACCGGAACGCCUCGAGAAUCUACUCAGCAGAUAUGGAAUGACACGGUAAUCCCGCAUUACGAUCGUCUCUCUUACGCAAGCCUGUAUGAUUACCAGGUUGGUGCUGGGUACGAAACCUACCUCCAAUAUGGAGUUACACAGUGGCCUCGAUACAUCACCUGUAACCUGGGUGUUCUCCAAGCUAUCUUCUCGGGGAGCGGUGGGGAUGACGAUGGCGGUUCGGGCUCUUGCUCAAGCACCUGUGUCUGCACCUUGGACGGUUGCUGCAUGGAGGGCGACGAUGAAUGCAUAAACAGCGUCGCAGAGGCUAGUGCCGAAGACGACAGUGCCAAUGGCAUUGAAGAAAGGGCUCCCAAGGCAUCCCUUUAUCCGUGGAACCCAAGCGAUCCAGCCAUACCCAACAGUCCACCACAAAAUCUUGAGUGGGCCACGAUAGACUAUCCUUCAGCGUCCAGGCUCUCCAAGGUGAAAGACCGUAGUAAAUUAGCAGAGGCCUACACUUACGACCCGACUUGUGCCAACUUCUUACCAAUAAUCAACGACAUCUUAACCCCACAGAACAAAGUCAAACGAGGAUACGAUAACGAUCACGUUUUCGAACGAAAAAUGCCGCGCAUAUGGGGCGACGACGCCCUUCUUGGAAGGGUGCAAAGCGACAGCCAGAAUUAUGUCGGUCAUUAUAGGAUAGUGCCAUUCAAGUUCUUCUCGGAAUCAUUACAGACAACAGACGCAGCGGGCCAGACGAUACAAUACCGCAUGAUGGAUGCCCUAGGGAGCAUGACGAACCGUGACGUGAUGACACUGAUGAUUCAAGAUAUGAAUCUCAAAAAAGAAAAGAUGUGGACGGGAAGAGAAGAAAUAGUCUCCAACGACGAAAUGGGACUUUUAUUAUACGGCUCCGACACGGCGGCAGCAUGCCCAAAGGCGGCGUUGACUCAAGUCUCCAAGGUUCUUGAGACUUACCGGUGGCACUUGCAGCGGAAUCCCUUUAGCCGGCUCCAAACCGUGAUCAAAAGCUUUCGAGAACUCAUCCGCGAAGCAGAGCGAGUCUAUGAAAAUGCGAACAAUGGGCAAAGUCCCCAUGCCUUGGAACACUUUGAUGCCUGGUUUCAAGAUAUGUUGGGUGUGAUCAAGAGCAGGGUCCGCGCAUUUGGCGAUUCUUGGCUUCCGGACAUUGCGAAUGUUCCAGCCAUCAUGAACAACCCCGGCGAUAGGGACAUCCGGCAAAACUUGGUCAACGCUUAUAGCGCUUUGCCUGAUAUCCCCGUCACAGGCUUCUUCCCGCAGCUUCCGUAG